GUAUUGUCGGCUAAUUUGCACGGAGGAGCUCUUGUGGCUAACUAUCCGUACGAUGAGAGUCGCGAUGGAAGUGCCACAUCGUAUACGGCUUCUCCAGACGACAGCACAUUCAAGCAUUUGGCGAAUGUAUACGCGUUGGCGCACAAGACUAUGUCGACGGGGAAAGGGGUCCGCUGUGAGAACGACGACGACUUCACCAAACAGGGCGGCAUCACGAACGGCGCCGCCUGGUAUAGCGUGUCCGGCGGGAUGCAGGACUUCAACUAUUUGGGAUCAAAUGACUUCGAGAUAACUCUUGAGUUAGGAUGUGAUAAAUACCCACCGGAACACUUGCUGCCCAUCGAAUGGGAUAACAAUCGCGAGGCGCUUAUAACUUAUAUAAGACAGUCACAUUUAGGUAUAAAAGGAAUGGUAAGGAAUGCGAGAACUGGAGAGCCUAUUGCCGGCGCUUCCGUUAAAGUCAAGAAUAUUACCGAUGGUGUCAACAAAAUGAUUAACCAUGACAUUUUCUCAGUAAAAAAUGGCGAAUACUGGCGACUGUUAACGUCGGGAACGUACGAAGUGUUGGCCGCGAAGGACGGCUACGAACCCGACGCCAAGACUGUAGUCGUGCGCAACGAUAAGCCCGAAGCCAUGCGAGUGGACUUCAAUUUGAAACCCGCCGAAGAGGUAUUGGAUCCUCAGGUGAUGGCGUCGAACGACUAUUUCGGAUACAAAUCAAUCCCCGAUAACAUUGAUCUGAAUAAUCCCGAA